UAUUGUUGCAUUUAAAAAUUUUCUGAUAUGUAUUCAAAGGGAAUUUUUAUUUUUCUACUGGGCCAAAAUAUAUGUGGACCCAUCCUACAUGUUUAGGGUUCUUGAGUAUAUAUAUAAAUAGAUAACAGUAGCAUAGAACAUAUCGCAGAUUUCAUUGCUUAAGAUAAUGGAUAAAAAGCAAAUUGCCAUCGUAGGGGCCGGAAUUUCUGGCCUCCUUGCAUGCAAAUACUGUCUCUCCAAAGGCUUCAACCCCAUUGUCUUCGAGUCGGAAUCCGACAUUGGUGGCGUAUGGGCUAAAACCAUCAAAACCACCAGGCUCCAGUCGGCAAAACCUUUGUAUCAGUUUUCCGACUUCCCAUGGCCGUCUUCCGUCACCGAUGUCUUCCCUACCCAACAACAGACUCUAGACUACCUCCGAUCCUACGCCACCCACUUUGAUCUCAUACCCCACAUCAAAUUCCAUUCCCGAGUCAACGGAAUCAGCUUUAACGGACCAAUAUCAUCCGACCCAUGGUCGCUGUGGAACGGAAUCGGAGAACCAUUUCCACCGGAAGGCAAGUGGAAUGUCACCGUACACGACACCGGAAAUGACUCCAUCCAGGUUUACACCGUGGAUUUCGUGAUUCUCUGUUUGGGAAGAUUCAAAGAUGUUCCAAAUAUACCCGAAUUCGCUGCCGGGAAAGGCCCUAAAGUUUUCCAUGGACAUGCAAUACAUUCCAUGGAUUAUGCCGCCAUGGAUCACGACAAAGCUGCAGAUUUCGUGAGAGGGAAGAGGGUCGUUGUCGUGGGGUUCGGGAAAACAGGACUCGACAUUGCAAGAGAGUGCUCUUCGAUCAACGGCCCUGAACAUCCCCUGUACUCUAGCGAAGGCUUUCUUCUUAGUCUUGUCGCUACUUUACUUUCACCUCUUCGUUGGGGAGUCUCCAAACUUGUCGAAAGCCACAUCAAAAAGAAGCUUCCACUUGCCAAGUACAACAUGGUACCAAAAGAAAGCUUCUCGAAAGAAGCCCGCUCAAGUUUGAUCAUCUAUUUGCCAGAUUCAAAUGACUUCUUCAAUGCACUUGAGAAAGGAAGCAUCAAACUAAAGAAAACGCCAAGUUUUAGCUUUUACGACAAUGGCAUUGUGAUUGAAAAGGACAACGCACAUAUAGAAACUGACAUUGUUAUAUUCGCUACUGGAUUCAAAGGAGCAGAAAAGCUCAAAGACAUUUUUGAAUCACCAACAUUUCGUCACUUCAUUGCGGAUUCACCACGAGUCCCUCUAUACAGGGAAUGCAUUCAUCCGCGUAUACCACAACUAGCGGUUAUUGGAUUUUCUGAUAGUCUUUCGAAUAUUUAUACCUCUGAAAUGAGGUCUAAAUGGGUGGCUGCGCUUCUUGAAGGUGCAUUCAAGCUACCGAGUGUUGAUGAGAUGCAGAAAGAUAUUGAGAGAUGGGAUGAAUAUAUGAAGGAAUCAGCUGGGGAAUACCAUUAUCGAUCGUCGAUUGCUGCUUUAGAAAUAUGGUACAAUGAUCAACUGUGCAAAGACAUGGGUAUGAAUCCUAUGAGAAAGAAUGGGCUCUUGGCUAACCUUUUUGAACCUCAUGGUCCCAUGGACUACGCCUGA